CUCAUCCAGCUGAUAGCCUGUGUUCCAUGUUUAGGAUUGUUGUGAUGGGAGGCCGCAGCCAUCUUGGAUCAGCGCCGCUCCGCACCGAGCAGCAGGAGAGGACGUUAGCCGCUCGGCCAGAUUAACUCCAGUCUGUGUCGCUGCACGGUGCGAAUAUGUUUUACACACGGUGGUUCUCUUCCUUAAUAGCUGCGUCGAGUGCACAGAAAUGGGUUUAGAGUGUUCCAAGCGGGUAACGUUUUAACCCCGGAGAGGGCGGCGACGGUGCAGAACCUCGGUAUAUGUUUUAAAUUUCUGAAUAGAGGAGUUAACAUGAAUGGAGGAUAAAUGUUGCCAAAGGCUGACAGCAGCAGUUUCGUCCUCUUCUCUCUUCUCUUCGUCCUCACGUUAACGGACCCACCACGGACAGAGCAGCGCUGCAGCCCCGGGCAGUUCGCCUGCCGCAGUGGGAAGAUGCAGUGUAUCCCCAUGUCCUGGCAGUGUGACGGGUGGACAGCGUGCGAGGACAAGAGUGACGAGAUGGACUGUCCCCCUAUAAAGGAGGAGAGGUUUCGUUUCGGUAAUGGAUACGACCAGGUAGAUGACGUCAUUGGUGUGGCUCAGCCUGUGCGCUUCAACAAGAAAUGCCCGAGUGGGUGGCAUCACUACGAGAAGACAGCCAGCUGCUACAAAGUGUACCUGAGGAACGAGAACUACUGGCAGGCGGUGGAUACCUGUCAGAAAGUCAACGGCUCUUUGGCCACUUUCGGUACCAACGAGGAGCUGCAGUUCAUUCUGAAGAUCGAGGUGGACUUUGACGACAAAGUCUGCGAGCGCAGAGACCAGUGCAAGUUUUGGGUGGGGUACCAGUAUGUGAUCACCAAUCAGAACCACUCCCUGGAGGGGCGCUGGGAGGUGGCAUACAAAGGGUCCAUGCAAGUGUUCCUUCCACCUGAGGGUCUUACCAAUUUUGGGGAGGCGUCUCCCACUCAGGACAACGUCUUUUGUGCCCAGCUGCAGCGCUUUCAGAUCAAAAGCAUGAACGAACGAGGCCUGCACAGCUGGCACGCUGAAAACUGCUACAAGAAGUUUCCCUUUCUCUGCAAGAGGAGGCAAACGUGUGUGGAUAUAAAAGACAAUGUAGUAAACGAGGGCUACUACUUCACCCCUAAAGGGGACGACCCGUGUCUGAGCUGCACGUGUCACGACGGAGAGCCUGAGAUGUGUGUGGCAGCACUGUGCGAGCGUCCGCAGGGAUGCCAGCACUUCCGUAAGGAUCCCAAAGAGUGCUGCAAGUUCACCUGUCUGGACCCAGAUGGAAACAGCCUGUUCGACUCGAUGGCCAGCGGGAUGAGGCUGAUCGUCAGCUGCAUCUCAUCCUUCCUCAUCCUCUCCCUGCUGCUCUUCAUGGUGCACAGACUCCGACAGCGGAGACGUGAACGCAUCGAAACUCUGAUUGGAGGAAACUUGCACCACUUUAACCUUGGAAGACGAGUCCCAGGCUUCGACUACGGCCCGGACGCCUUUGGCACCGGCCUCACUCCCCUGCAUCUGUCCGAUGAUGGAGAGGGAGGCGCUUUCCAUUUCCAAGAGCCUCCCCCGCCGUACGCAGCCUACAAAUACCCCGACAUCCAGCACCCUGAUGACCCCCCUCCCCCUUACGAAGCCUCCAUCAACCCAGACAGCCUCCUCUAUGUAGACCUCGGUCACAGCGGGGUUGCCAUGGUGCCGAGCCAGAUGAACACCAUGGGAGACGGGCUGCGUGCCGAUAUUCCCAUCGCCUCCGGUCCUGUGAUGAACUCAGCACCGUCAUCUCAGGAGAGGGAGGACUCCAUAGAUAGCAGCACCCUGCUUGUUGGGCCUGACACUCCGACAGAUGGAAACGCCCCCGCCCCCAUGCCUGCAGACUCCUCCCUCAGCACUGUGGUAUAGGACUGUGGACAUGGAGCUGUAUUCGGACAUAAACUGCAAGACGAGGAAGGCUGUGUGCACGCUCUGCAGCAAGAGAGGACGCAGCAGACUGUUGUGUAGUUAAAGUUUGUACAGACAUAUCAGAGGCAGGAGUUACAACGAAGCUAAGACGCCGUCUCUCUGGAGACUCUUCUGCAGUCGGCCUUCUGAGUGUUUGUUUUUUAAAGACAGCAGCUUCUGAGGGAGCACAGAGGACUGCUUCUGUACAGAGAAAGAAGCUGCUCUCUUACUUUUUUCUGCGUUGACUUAGUACAGCUUUUGAAACAUCUCAAGGUUGGUCUGAUUGGUGGAGAACCCUGAUGUAAAUACCACUCAGGUCUGUGCCGGUAAGAUUUGUAAAACUGGUAAAACUGGAGCGUGGGAGUCCAGCACAAGGCGAAGAAUGAUGGACAGACGGUGAAGCCAGCCAUCGUUCCUUGUGUGUUUUUUUUGUUAGCGUCAUACUGUCGUUCAAACUGAUCUGAAUUAUCUCCGGGCUUCAAUAACCAUCAAAUCUGUCUCUCCUGGCAUGUUCCAGAUCACGACUUCUGUGCCCCCCCCCCCCCCCCCUCACUUUCUUAAGAGUCUGAUACAUGAAGCGGUCUUCCAGGUUUAUAGCGCAUAUUUGCUGCAAAGACGUUUUGUAAUACUGAGGUUUAACCUUACAGAGGGAGGGUACAGUUAGCUUCCUACUAUAGGGUUUUUAUUAGGUCGUGCUAACACAAGGACGUGCUCAUGAGGAUUGUGGUGGUACUUCUAAAUAUCUGAGUUAGGUCUUGUGUUCUUUUGGAUUAUAAUUUAUGACUGCAGGCUGUAAUCUUGUUGUAUGGGGGCAUGGAUGCAGUCUGAAGUGUCCACUGAUCAGCGAUGGGGUGCAUGUGUGAAGGUGAAGAGUAGGGCUGAUAUCCUGUUAAUGAAUUUGAGAAAAUCAAUUUAUUUAACACAACUGUUCCAAUCAUGAAGUGGUUAAAUCAUGCAGAAGCUCCCGUUGUCGUUGCUUUCUCAUUAACUCUGCAGGAUAGUUGUGUGUUUGCUAACUGAACCAUGUUUAGUGACUCAAAGCUCAAUGUUUUGAAUGUUUUGCCCGCUAAUCUUCUGAUUCAUUCAGGGUUUUUAUUUUUUGUUUAAAUUUUUGAAGAUAAAUCUGUCAGGUGUUCUAUUUGGAUGCUGCCCCCCCCUCCAUCCCCGAUGUGUUCCUUCCCACGUGUGAUUCUGUUUUGCAGCUACUGAUGAAGAUAAUGUCGCUGACUGUAGCUGUGUCUUCUUUCUGUGCGCUGUCGUUGAUGGGUCAGUUACUUGUUCUGUUUCUCAGUGAGAUCGCAGUGAAAGUUCUUGUAAUAAAAAGAAAAGUGUAAACUUAUGUAGACCCCUGUUAUGAUGACAAUCGUCAAGGAUUUCUUUGAAGAAGUUUUUUGAUCAGUCGACCUACAACACCAGCAUUUGACAGCUUUGUUCAGCCUAAAGACAGCCAGAUGUUAAAGUGUGUGUAUGACUGUGAACGUCCGUGUAUCUCAUGUUUGAAUGUACAUUCUUUGUUGUGCUGAAGCUUUUUUUCCCUAUUUUAUAUUUUGUUUUUAUUUUGGCUCUGACAAUCCACAGAGGAUUAUCCAACCAACAUCUCAAAUUGUGGAAAGUGAUAGUAAACAGUAACCUGUGCAUGUGUGUAAUGGAAGGAGAUGAGUCCAGAUCUGUUCUUUUCUUCUUUCUCCCAUCAAGUUUGUUUGGCUUGAUUUUUUUAAAAUCUGCUUUUUGGACCUGAGGUGCAUGUGUUUUUUUUUAUUUGGCAUGCUGAGAGAUUUUUCUUUUGAUGGAAACAUUGUUAGCUCGACAGUCUGUCCUGUACAGUAGGUUCAAAGACUCUGUGUGCAUUAAAACCCUGCCCAUGACCCAAACAGCUGCAUUGACACUGUAGUUUCUGUGUAGACUAUGGUGGUGUUCAAACUAAUUUUACUGGAUUUGAAAUGUUUUAUGUAUAAUACAACAAAUGCUACAUUUCAUUGUCUUUUAUUUCGUAGCCUUUAAAUUUAAAAAAAAAUGCUUCAUUUGCAGGGGGGCUUGUGUUUUUCUGAGGUAGAUGUACAUCUAAUCAAAUGCCAAAUAAACUGCACCAUGAAGGAUGA